GGCCGGCUCCUCGCCUCCUCCAUCAGGAAUUCAUCGUCUUACAUACUGAGCCACAAACACAUUCCACACCUGCGCAUUGCAUACACAAGCCAAAGCGGUACUUUUUUUUUUAACUGCAAAGGUUCCGAUUUGCUUCUAAAUGCCACACUUCCCACUUACACUAAAGAUAUCCGGUUCCUUCCCCACUCCCCUCCAGACUUUCCUUCUUCAAGGCGAGUUGGAAGGGAAUCUGCCAGUCACCGCAAGAGAAGCUGAUAAGGCCUCUGUGCAAUCCAACCGUGCCUUUUAGCUAUCUGAGAGCUAUUUGCAAAUAAUAUUCCAACAGGACGAUCCCCUCAGCAUUUCACCCCUGCAGCCAGAGGGGUCUCUCUUUUAGCUUAACUAGCAGAGAAAAAGCAGCCGCUGGCGGGGACGGGACCUCCGCUUACGUUGCAACCAAGACGCCCUUUAAGGUUUGCAAUGCAUCCUCCUGUUUUUGAUCACGAAGAGAGUGACAGAGACUACUGCUGCUGCUUGGUCCUCCAGUGGCUGAGUCAGUCACACGGGCGUUUUCAUGGGGGUGGAGUCGUUAGGAUAGGUGCCUUUGCAAGCCGCCGGGGGUGAAAAGCUCGGCUCGUGAUCAAAGAGCUGAGAAAGUCGGAGGAAACACAGGCAGAUUAGAUAAAAGAAGAAGAGACAGCAAAGAGCAGUUCCUGCUGCAGGGACCAGUCUGUGGAUAAAACAACUCCGGUCUUCUUGGAGGCUGCCUUUGGAGCACGGAAUUGGAGAUGGAAAUGCAAGACUCAGGUGGCCCAGAGACCAUCGAGGCUGGGAGCAAUCAGGAAUUCCGGGAAAGGGCUCUACAGGAAAUCCUUCACAAGGACAUGCUCCCUUCAGAUGUACAAUGCCAGCGCUUCAGGCAGUUCUGCUACCAAGAGGUUGAGGGGCCCCGACAGGUGUGCAGCCAACUCCACCACCUUUGCCGUCAGUGGCUUAAACCAGAACAACACACAAAAUACCAGAUCAUGGACUUCGUGAUCCUGGAGCAGUUUCUGACCGUCCUGCCCCUGGAGAUGGAGAGCUGGGUGAGAGAAUGUGGAGCAGAGACCAGUUCGCAGGCAGUGGCCCUGGCAGAAGGUUUCCUCCUGAGCCAGGCAGAGGCCAAGAAGCAGGAAAAACAGCAGGUGCAGGGGCGGCUCGCAAAAACAUCUGCUGCGGAUUCUGAGGCAGAGAAGGCUCUAUCAGAUGCCACCUCACUAGUUCAUGGAGCACCACUGGAGGGGUUGACAGGAUUGUGGCUCCCGUAUGUUGAUGGAGAAAGAGAUUCUACACAAGCAGAUCAGGGUGCUGAGUCUUUUGGGGAGGUGGCUGUGCAUUUCACUGAGGGGGAGUGGGCUCUGCUGGAUGCAGACCAAAGAGCCCUGCACAGAGCAGUCAUGGAGGAGAAUUGGCAGAAUGUGGCCUCUCUGGCAGGUGAUGGGUGGAAAAGCAAGUCUGAAGGAGAAGCAUGCGGAUCACGAGUAGAAAGAGCGAGAUGUAAAAAGGAAGGACAACAGAGAAAAGCAACAAAAGGAAACCAGGAAAGGAAGAAUGAAUCUAGUCCUGUUCAUGCUGGUGACUGCCAAGAAACACUAAUCCAAAAAGAAAUAGAAAAAGGGAAACAGAGGAAGCUCCUCCUGUGUGAGAAAACCAUAGGUUAUAAACGGUGGCUUAAAUGUCAUUGGAGAAUGAAGAGAGAGGAGAAGCCCUUUAAGUGCUUGGAGUGUAGAAAGAGAUUCAGUCAGAACUCAGAACUUAUUAGACAUCAAAGAAUUCACACUGGAGAGAAACCAUUUAGAUGCUUGGAGUGUGGAAGGAGCUUCAGUCAAAGCUCACAUCUUAGAGAACAUCAAAGAAUUCACACUGGAGAGAAGCCAUUUAAAUGCUUGGAGUGUGGAAGGAGCUUCAGUCACAGCUCACAUCUUAAGAAACAUCAAAAAAUUCACACUGGAGAGAAGCCAUUUAAAUGCUUGGAGUGUGGAAAGAGUUUCAGUCAGAACUCACAGCUUAGAGCACAUGAAAGAAUUCACACAGGAGAGAAACCAUUUAGAUGCUUGGAGUGUGGAAAGAGCUUCAAUACGAGCUCAUAUCUUAAGAUACAUCAAGGAAUUCACACAGGAGAGAAACUAUUUAGAUGCUUGGAGUGUGGAAGAAGCUUCAGUCACAGCUCACAUCUUAAGAAACAUCAAAAAAUUCACACUGGAGAGAAGCCAUUUAAAUGCUUGGAGUGUGGAAAGAGUUUCAGUCAGAACUAUCAGCUUAGAGCACAUGAAAGAAUGCACACAGGAGAGAAACCAUUUAGAUGCUGGGAGUGUGGAAGGAGCUUUAGUCAGAGCUCAAAUCUUAGAGAACAUCGAAGAAUUCACACAGGAGAGAAACCAUUUAAAUGUUUCGAGUGUGGAAAGAGCUUCAGUCAGAGCUCAAAUCUUAGAGAACAUCGAAGAAUUCACACAGGAGAGAAACCAUUUAAAUGUUUCGAGUGUGGAAAGAGCUUCAGUCACAGCUCACAUCUUAGAGAACAUCAAAGAAUUCACACAGGAGAGAAACCAUUUAAAUGCUUGGAGUGUGGAAAAAACUUCAAACGGAGUUCAGCUCUAAAGAGACAUCAAAGAAUUCACACUGGAGAGAAACCAUUUAGAUGCUUGGAGUGUGGAAGAAACUUCAAUUGGAGUUCAGCUCUAAAGAGACAUCAAAGAAUUCACAUGCGGGGGGAAACCAUUUAAAUGUCUGGAGUGUGGAAAGAGCUUUAGUUUCAGCUCAAAUCUUACAGAACAUCGCAGAAUAAACCAUUUAGAUGCUUGGAGUGUGGAAAGAGCUUCAAUUCAUGCUCAAAUCUUUCAAAACAUGAAAUAAUUCACAUGAGAAAGUGUGUGUGUGUGUGUGUGUGUGUGUGUAUUUUCAUGGUGUAGAAAGUGCUUCCAUCUCAGUUCUCCUUCCAGAAGAUGAGGCAGAGGAGAGUGAUGCAGAGACUGUCCUGCCUCCACUCUCCUCUCCCCCUCAUUAGAAAGAACCAGAGUGAGGACAGAAGAGCUGCUGUGGUUGGCCUGGUGGGCAGCACCUGUCCAGGGCACACUCUUGUGAAGUGGAGGAAAGGCAGGCUGGAGUGGGCUAGGGCAGGCAUGCGAUGAGAGAGGAGGUGGGCCCACUCAAGGGGUAAGCCCGUGGCAGUCCCUCGCUGGUUACUUAAUACUCAAAGGUCUACUCCCUAACUGAAGUAUGUUGAUGCCACCAUACAGUGAACACUCUCCUUGUUGCUCAAGUUAGAUUCUGUGAAUGAGAAGCCAGCUGGAUCCCCCUGGGUGGGAAAUCCAAGGAUUUCUGGAUCUCCCUUGUAAGGUCCAAUUGGGUCAAUUUUAUAUUGAAUAAGUGCAUAGAUGGGUUAGCCAUAUUGUAUUAGAUAGAUGCUUGACAUGAGUCUGUUCGAGCAGUGCUGUCAUAUAGGUAAAGUCCCAGAUCCCCCUCAUUGUGCUCAAAAUUAGACCUCGGUGAAGUCCCAGAGCUUAUACAGAGUGCAAAGUGAGUAAUUUCUUCCCCCUGUUCAGGAAAGCCCCCACCAUCUCUCUCGUCUAAUCUUAGAGACCCAGCCUGUCAGCUCAGGCAAACUUCCUCAUUUUUCGGUAACUCAUAUCGAGAACGCUCCCUCCCAAAUGUUCCAUCUGGGGGAGGGGGGAAUCGCUCGGCUUGCACCUGGUUCUUCUUUCAUGUCUCUCCUGGUCGCGUGGCACGCCUGGUUCCCCUUUCGGACCUUCCCUAGCCAGUGGUGUUAAAUGUCAGAGUUGCGGGUUGGGCAAAGGGUCAUAGAUGGUCAAGACCCCUUUUUUGUCCAAUCACUAUUAGAUGCGUAGGUGGGAAAGGAGAGGAUAUUUAAAACCCUAAUUUGAGGAUAGGAGGAAGGGGGCUCUCUCCCUCAGGGAGGGUGGCUCAGGCACAGCACACGAGGAGGAAAGGAGGAAGUUGAUCCGACUAAUCAAUUUGACGGCACCCAGCAUCUAGCAAAAAGAGGAACAAGUCGAGGUUUCCCUUUGGGGUAUGGUAUAUUGUGACCUCAAGGGUCUGGCUGUCCUGUCAGUGUCUCUAGGCUGGUAGUUUUAUGACUGCUUUGUGUGAGAAAAACAUGCAUUUUGCUGCAUGCUGUAUUCUGUGAUUCAUCUGAAUUUUGGUAAGAAAAUAAAUGUGUUUUGGUUAAAUAUAA